UCAAGAGUGGGAAAGGAAGAGGCUGCCCCUCCCGGCCUGCUUCUGGGAACGUCGUGCGCGCGCAGGCGUCUUCGCUUAUCUGUGGGAAGCAGGGUUGCUGCCAGCUGACUCGGCCAUGUCGGUUCAGGAAGACCCGGUCCAGCGCGAGAUUCACCAGGACUGGGCGAACCGCGAGUACAUCGAAUUGAUCACCAGCUCCAUUAAGAAGAUCGCGGACUUCCUCAAUUCCUUCGACAUGUCCUGCCGCUCCCGUCUGGCCACGCUCAAUGAGAAGUUGACGGCGCUGGAAAGACGGAUCGAAUACAUCGAGGCCCGGGUAACAAAGGGUGAAACAUUGACAUAGUGUGAUGCUGGCAAGGAGUCAACCUUAGGGGAAAAAAAGUGCAGCUGUUUAGAAGGCUGAUGAUCAGACUUCGGGUUUCUUCAUUACUUAACA